AUGAGUGAAGGUCCUAAAGAAAAGAGUGGCAGCCGGCAGUCACGAAGAAGGAGCUUCGUACUCAAGACUCCGGAUGUUCUUCGGCACAAGCCUUUUCAGUCACAGCAGAGAAGCCGCACAAAGCAUGGAAGUGCGCCAAGCCGAAAAGGCAGUUCCCGUGUUACGUCAUCUAACUCAAAAACUAAUAAAUGGUACGGAUCCGGAUAUCCAGCACUGAGAAUUGCGGACAAGAAAAUACGAGAAGUUCGUGUGCGACAAGAACAGCAACAGGCGAAAGAGCAAAGCAGUCCUUUUAGGAGGAGUAGGAGCUACAGCAGAGGAAGAAGUGUAUAUUUCAACAAGGAUGAUCCUACUAUCCCAUACUAUAGAUCAAAGUCGGUGGACGGUUCCCGAGUUAGCAGCGCUCCAUUUGACCCGGUAGUCAAUGAAAAAGAUGUAAUCAGACUAACAUAUACGGGUAGUGUUUCUAGAGAAAAUUCGAUGUCACAUACAUCAAUUGGUUCGCGUCGGGGCUCUUUCAGUAGCAGGCGAGGAUCUGGGAUCGUUCAAAAGAAAGUGGACUCUGUUGUUCCUCACAUGAGAGGAAGUUACACAUUUGAUGAUUUACAGACCCGGAUCUAUCAACAGAUUUACAAGAUUUACGGGGAACCUGACACAGACUUGAAAAAUAAACAGUUCUUUCUGACACUGGCUCAAAUGCAGUCCGAACAUUUCCGAAUGAAACACAUGAAACUAACCAAAAGCGAUAGACAGUUUCUCGAAAAUAUGUUUCAAGAGGUAAAAAAUCUUAAAAAGGAAACUGGUAAAAUCCUCAGAAAUUCUGAACAUCGGUAUUCAACCCAGUUUGAACAUCCUAGUCCGGUCAAUGAAAAAGUCCGGAGACUUCCUAGAGGAAGGCAGAGUGAGAGUUUCCUCACAAAACUUCCAAGAACUAGAGAAAAGCUGAGGCUGAAGCCGAUCCGGCAUCGAGUUCCGCACAAAAGAGGGACAUACUACGGACAAUACAAGAAUUAUGAACAGUAUGAAAAAUACAGCCGCCAAGACUUUAACAGACAUUCGGAUCAUUUUCAGAGAGCAAAAGAGGGAGAUAAUCCGUCAGACAUGCUAAAGUUUCUCCAACAAGCCGAGCGUUUAUUGACUGCAUACAACCAAGGACUACUUGAUAACUCAUUGAAAGGAUUUGAAACUGAACCCAACAGAAUUCAAGAGCCCUCGCAACCAAGCAAGCCGGCUAAGCUGAAACCAAUUCAGCAUCAAUACCAUCGUCAGUCACCAUCUGAACAUAAACAAAUUAAGCAUGAACGGACAUCCCCACAGAAACAAUCAUCGAGCAACACGAAUGCAGAACACCAGCCGCACGCGCCUGUUUACAAGAGACCCGAAUCCUUUUAUGAUGCACGGAAACAUUUGUACUUUCAUAAUCGAGCAAAUCUUGUUGACCACCAACUAAAUGAAGCAAAGAACAAUGGGUCAGGUGGUCCUAGAUACAGUCUGAGUACCUUUGCAAAAUAA